AUGGAAGAGACCCUAGUCGAGCGUGGGAAAUCAUCAGCAGCUCCAAUGAUCUUCAUCCUCAUUGCAGCUUUCCACUUUUUCUCCAGAUACAUCGAACUCGGCAAAAAGAAGAAAGGAUCAAUGAAUGCGACGGAUGUUCAAUUGCGUGCGGAGAUUAAGGAGCUAUUGAAGGAGGCCAGUUCCUUGUCACAGCCUUCAACAUUUGCACAAGCUGCAAAACUAAGAAGGAUGGCAGCAGCUAAGGAGAAGGAACUUGCAAAAAAACAAGAAAUACAGAAGAAGGAGGUCAAAUCGUCGUAUGAUACACAAGAAAAAAUCUUUAAAAUAUCAAACGUUCUUGCGUAUGUUGUGCUGAUUAUAUGGUUUUGGCGGAUGCCAAUGGCUACCAUAUCUGAGGAACUCGUGCAACCUUUGGGUAAGAUGUUAUCUUGGAGAGCUGGAGAAGCUCUGAAAGAUCAUGUUAUGGUCGGAAUCAUCCCGUGGUUGAUAGUAUCUGCCAGGGUUAAUAGGUUUAUCUGCCGAAAAAUAUUGAAGUAA